GACAAUGCUAUUGGCCACAUGAUCGGACACCGGACGAAUACAGAGACAAACACCAAGCCCACACAUCGGAUCGAUUUAUACCUGACGUCCUCCUGUCGUCGUCUUAAUCUUCACCUGACUUAUCGCCCCCCGUUCACAGAAUCAGAAAGUCCACAUUUGGACAGGACCUCGUAGUGACGGCACGUCAGCAUAUCAUCACCUUGACCAACACCGCAUGCCCACGAAACCCCUUGCGAUACAUUUACGACGCAAUGGCGUACCUAUCUAAUUGCUAUGUAUCUCAUUAAGCUCGCCCCUUCCCCAGAAAAAGGCAAUCAGUUCUCAAACUCAUGGACAUUCCUUCUAGUCUAACAUCUAAAAUCCCCGUCAUGUCUUCAUCUACCGGCGCAAAUACUAACCAGAACGACCCGAUACAGCACCCGCUUGAGGCGACGGCGCAGGCCAUCCGGGGAGCCGUUUCAGGCGAAGGUCGCGCUCCACGCCAGGCUCAUCUGGGUAGCUCAAAUGAGGGUCCAGCCGACAUUAUCGCGAAGGUGUCGGGUGCCGUGCAGGGUGGUAUCCGGCAGGAUGAUAGCCCUUACUUUACCAACAAUGAGGGUAUUCCGUGGCCUGACGCUGAGCAUAGCAAGACCAUAGGAGGUAUUCCAGUAGCGAGCGAUGUUUUUCUUCUCCAGAAGCAACAAACAUUCAAUCGCUCGAAGAAUCUCGAACGCAUGGUACACCCCAGUGGGUCUGGAGCUUUCGGUUACUUCGAGACCACACAUGAUGUUACGGGACUUACUAAAGCAAACUUUCUGUCCAGUGUUGGCGAGAAGACUCCUAUCUUCGUACGUUUCUCUACUGUCACUCCUGGACGUGAAUACGCGGAUGAAGCGCGCAAUCCGCGGGGUUUUGCCAUAAAAUUCUACACCAUGGAAGGAAACUAUGACAUUGUUGGUUUGAACUUUCCGGUAUUCUUCUGUCGCGAUCCCAUCCAAGGCCCAGAUGUCAUCCGCUCCCAAUGGCGCAACCCCAAGAACUUCCUCUUCGAUUACGAUGCGAUCUUUGACCUUCUAGCUUGCACACCCGAAGGCAACCAUGCCGGACUCAUGUUCUUCAGCGACCACGGCACACCGCAAGGAUGGCGCUUCAACCACGGCUACGGCUGCCACACCUUCAAGUGGGUGAACGCCGAGGGCAAGUUCGUAUACAUAAAGUACCACUUUAUCGCCGAGCACGGCCAGAAGCAAUUCACUCAACAGGAAGCCACACAAAUGUGCGGUGAAGACCCCGACUUCUCCAAGCGUGACCUCUGGGAAACCAUUGAGAAGGGUCAGGAGCUCAUCUGGAAAGCUCACGUACAAGUCAUGCAACCUGAAGAUGCGGACCCCGAGAAACUCGGUUUCGACCCCUUCGAUGUGACCAAGGUCUGGCCGCGCAAGCAAUUCCCCAUGCAAGAGUUCGGCCGCCUUGUCCUCAACAAGAACCCCGAAAACUAUCACCGCGACGUCGAACAAGCUGCCUUCUCUCCCGGAAGUAUGGUGCCUGGCAUUGAAGACUCACCGGAUCCACUACUCCAGUUCCGCAUGUUUUUCUACCGUGACGCGCAAUACCACCGUAUCGGUGUCAACCUGCACCAGAUUCCUGUCAACUGCCCAUUCAUGUCUAAGUCCUUUGCGCCGCUCAACUUCGAUGGCCAAAUGCGCGUGGAUGCGAACCACGCGGGUAACAAACAGUACGCGCCCAACAGCUUUGCGCAUAAAUUCCGCCCCGACACCGCGGAGGCCCCAUACCAGGUGAGCGACAAUGUGAUGAGUAGGAAGAGCCACUACUGGCACGAGGGCAAGAAAAACGAUUAG